AUGAAGAAACCUGACCGGGAGGGUUUGAUCGCAGUGGCGCCCAAGAUGACCGCUCUCCAUGUUACUGAAAAGGCUCGUGCCCGUAUCUUUGCUGCUGGAGGUGAAAUCCUGACUUUCAACCAACAGGCGCUUCGUGCCCCAACCGGCCUCAAGACAAUGCUGAUUAAGAUCGCCGUAGUGCCCGUGAGGCCGUCCGUCCGGCCCCAGGCACACCACUCUCGCACACCAAGCGUUAUGGGCGCAACAAGGGACAUGAUAAGGCACGGCUCAGCCGUCACUCUGACGUGUAACUUAUAA